AAUCAACAAUUUUCUUGAUCUUCUCGGGGGUUGAAUUAAAGAGUCACUGUGUUUUAAGUGUAAAACUUCGUAAGGGUCAGUCAUAUUUCUGUUAUUUUUCACAAAAUUUGGGUCUGAACAGUAUUGAAAAUUGAACAAAAACGGUGGGGUUUCAAAGGGUGGCCUUGAGCAUGUGAUUAUCAGCAACUGCACAAUGCCACCUGAUCAUUCAAAAGAUGGUGGUUCGAAAAGUAAAAGUGGUCGGAAAUCAGCAAAGGAAGGUAUUAAUUUGUAUGCAGUCCUGGAAGUAGAGAAAAAUGCAACAGCCGAGGAAAUUAAACGGUCAUAUCGUAGACUUGCACUGAAAUACCACCCGGAUAAAAAUCCUAAUGACCCAACUGCAGCCGAAAAGUUCAAAGAAAUCAACAGAGCUCAUUCUAUAUUAGCAAAUGAACAAAAAAGAAGAUUAUAUGAUCGAUACGGAGCAUUAGGUAUAUAUGUGGCUGAGCAUAUUGAUGAGGAAGACUGGAAGCCAUAUCUGGCUUUACGUAACCCAUGUGUGCAGUGCCUUGUAUGUACAUGCUUCCUAAUGACAUGCUGCUUCUGUUGCCUUUGUUGCUGUUACUGUUGUGGUACACUUUACCCGAAAACUCCUCCAGUUCCCGAUGAAAUGAAUGCGACUGAUGACCAACCUGCGUAUGAGGCACCACCACCACCAUCAGGUGAUAAUAAGACUAAAGAAGAGUUUGUUACAAAAGAGCCUACUCCAGCACCAUCUGUCAACCCGUAUGUAAUACCGCCAUCACUUAAAACUACUACUGACUGA